CCUUUGCGGCCUUUUCUGCUCAUUUCGCAGCACAUAGGAUGAUGCACUUUAGGUCUUGAAAACAAUCCCUCUUCCCAAACUCACUAUAACCACUGUGUGUCGCUCUUUCAGCCUUUCUCUGCAUGCUUAUUCUCAUUUAUUUCGAACCGGCACUUUGACUCUUAUUUAGUGCUCUCUAUCUUAUCUCCGUCCUGAGUAUCUUCCUGCGAAUCCUUUUCUUUCUUUGAGUGUAAUUUUGAGCCAGCACCGAUACAUAUUAUGAAAUGAAGCUUCGCAAGGCCUUGCAGAGGGGCCUUUUGCCCUUGACCCGUUUCUUCCGGAGACUUUCUAACUAUGUGUUCCGAGAUCGUCGCCGUGAUCGCCUUGGUCUGCCUGAUACUCAAGCUGCUACCACUCCACUUAACGCCAGUGACCUUCCGCCGCCAAAUGAUGAUGGAAGAAAUUCUGAUUUCAUUCAGGAGAACAACGACUCUCCCGGGGCCUUGAAGAGGCUUCAGCAGGGCCUCAAGGAUUCGCGAAUUUAUACCAGCGACAGAGGGGGACGAUUUAUUCCAAUGCCUAUCAUGCAACGCCUGGUCGCCGACAACAUCAAGGGCAUAUUAAUGGAAAAGAAUAUCUUAGAUGUAGAGUAUAUAUCGUGGUAUGCUGAGAACAUCUUGCAGACUGCCGCGAAACUCUCUGCAAUACUUGCAUAUAUCAACUCCGACAAGGAAAAGUACAUCAUUCAGCUUCUGAGGGAGAAGAUAGGAGACGAUCACCUGCCCUUCAGACAGAAGUCCGGACUGCGAAGGUCUGGAGUUUAUCUCGUCACCAGGCAGGGUACCAUGAUCGAGGCGUUGAAGGGCUGGGACAGCAAGUCUUUUGAAAAUUUCGAGAACAAGCAGUACCGGUUCUUGAGCCCUGUCUUCCGGAGGGGUGAGCACUAUGAUUUGGACGAUAUGCAUGUUCUUCCUUUUACAAAGAAGGAUACAGCCUCAUCCUCGAAAACUGUUACGGCGGGUGGAUAUGGAGAAGUCUUCCAGGCACAUAUUCAUCCGGACCACCAUAAGCUAGGCGAUAAGUCUGGCGAAGAGUCCCUAGCAAUCGCAGUCAAGCGGAUGAGCAAUUAUGAGCACUUCAUAUCUGAGCGAACGGUAUAUCGCGACCUUGGUCCAUCGAACCAUCCCCACCUUAUCGACCUUCUUUUCACCUACCGGCAUGACGGCAGAUACCAACUGGUGUUCCCGUGGGCCAAUAGUAGUUUGAAGGAAUACUGGGAGAACAAUCCUUGUCCUGCAGAUGCACUUAGCACCUCCACCCUCAAGUGGUCUCUAAGCCAAAUGAUCGGACUGGCAAGUGGUUUGACUCAUUUCCACGAAUUCACAAAUCGUUUUACGGGCGAGACCCGCUUCGGGCGUCACGGUGAUAUUAAAGCUGCAAAUAUUCUUUACUUCCAGCCGUCCGAGGGUGACGCUAUUCUAAAAAUAGCAGACCUAGGGCUGGCCAGCAUUCGCAGCAGGAAUUCUAGAUCUAAUGUUGACCCCAGAAGCAUCAAGUUUUCACCAACAUAUGCACCCCCCGACGUCGAGCGCGGAUGCCAUAUCUCCCGGAAAUUUGAUAUCUGGAGUCUUGGCUGCCUGUUCUUGGAAUUUGUCACCUACCUGGUGCUCGGAGGCAACGCUAUCAAUGAAUUUUCCGAAGAGAGACAAGAGAUCACUACAGAGUUUCCUGAGCUUGCUGCCGAUUUCUUCUACUCCAAGAAUAAGAACUUGGUGAAACCAUGUGUUUUUUCAUGGGUUGAUCGACUGAAGAAAAACUCACGCUGCUCUCAUAUGUUGUCCGACAUUCUAGAUCUGGUCAUGGCUGAGAUGAUUAUCAUCGAGCCCGGAAAUCGAAGCUCGUCCCUUGAUAUUUGCAAGAAACUCCGAGAACUCAUGAGUCAAGUUGAAGAAGACGAAGGAUAUCUUCUUAAGCCGCCACCCAACCCUGGUACUACCAGUGCACAAACUGCAGCAGACCAGCCCAAUCGCAAUGCUUUACCCACUGAAACCAUCGUCCUGCAGACACGCAGAGCUCGAGGGGUUUCUACUCGCUCGAAAAGACACAGUUGGGCCCAUUAUAUGCAAGGCCGUCGACAAACUAACUAA